AUGAGUGGUGGAUCUGACCUCCCUCCUGCGAUCGCUGCGAAGCGCAAAAUCCGCUAUGCAGAGGACGACAUUGAGGCGGCUCCGGACGGGGUCGUCAACAACAUUCCCUGGUCCAACUUGCCAAAGCUCAAACGACAUGGCUCGGCCAACUCCAUACGCAGCGAGCGCUCAAUGAGCCGCUCAAUCGAUCCAGCUCUGGCGCUGCCUGCUGUAUACCGUACUGUUAGCUUCAACAUCACAACCACGCAGGAGCGUAAUGCCGAAGCUUCGAAAGAAGCCAAGCAGAAGACUGGAGAUGAUUUUGCCGACGCUGAAUGGCACAUUCUCGACCACGUCAGCAUAUACAAGAAAUUGCAGUCUGAUCCCGGAUGUGGUCUGAACACGGCGCAGGUCGCGGGAAAACAGGCCACGUACGGGCGUAAUGUACCUAGCAAACCGCCUUCACAGCUACCACGCAAGAUAUUCGGCUACUUCUUCGGAGGUUUUGGGUCCAUUCUGUUCGUGGGCGCCGUCCUGGUCUUCAUCGCCUGGAAGCCGCUUGGACAGCCUCCACAAGUCGCAAAUCUGGCUCUUGCCAUUGUUCUUGUUGGAGUCUGGGUCAUACAGGCUGUCUUCAAUGCGUGGCAAGACUUUUCAUCGUCGCGGGUCAUGAACAGCAUCACUGGCAUGCUUCCUGAAGACUGUCACGUUCUGCGCAAUGGUGAGCAACGUAUGCUCUCAGCGGCCGAGGUGGUCCCUGGCGAUAUCCUAUACUUCAAGGCUGGUUCAAAACUGCCUGCCGACAUACGCUUUAUCCAGACAUCUUCUGAUGCCAAGUUUGACCGCAGUAUCUUGACGGGCGAGUCUGCGCCUGUUCCUGCGGUGACUGAGUCGUCUGAAUCAAAUUACUUGGAGACAAGGUGCAUCGGUAUGCAAGGCACGCAUUGCACAUCAGGCUCGGGCACUGGCAUCGUUGUGGCCACCGCCGACCAAACUGUUUUCGGUCACAUCGCGAAGCUCACUUCGACGCCAUCUACAGAACGCACCCCCCUUCAAAAGGAGAUCCUGCGCUUCGUGUUCAUUAUUGUGUCGUUAAUGAUUCUGAUGAACAUAAUCAUCAUCGCUGUUUGGGCCGGUUACAUCCGCAAGACCUACCCCGAUUAUAUGCCUCCCAAUCUAUUGAUUGUCAACAUCGUCAGUGUCGCCAUUGCCUUUGUGCCCGAAGGGCUACCUGUGGCAAUCACAGCUUCUUUGACCAUUGUGGCCAACUCCAUGAGGAAACACAACGUUCUCUGCAAAAGUUUGAAGACGGUUGAAACGCUUGGAUCAGUCUCAGUCCUACUAUCAGAUAAGACUGGUACACUCACCAAAGGCCAGAUGAUCGCGACUGACUGCCUUAUUGGGUUUCACUCCAUGAGUGUCGACGAAGCUGAGCGUGAACUUCUGGAAAGCAGGGAUACGGACACCUCCCGCCCAAAGACCAAAUCCGUUGGGCUUUCCCAAUUGCAAGUAGCCGCCGCGGUCAACAACGCCGCCGAGUUCGAUCCGACCACACUCCAUCUGCCUCUCGCCGACCGCAAAGUCAUCGGCGAUGCCACGGAUACUGCAAUUCUGCGAUUGUCAGAGAAGCUUGGCUCACACUCGAAAGCUAGAGUUUCCUGGAAGACACGUUACGACCUUGCCUUCAACUCCAAAAAUAAGUUCGCCCUCCGUGUGGCUUCCGCGGUCGACCGCGAGGCUGUCAAUAGCGCCAUGAGCAUCGAUGAGGGCAAGACCUUCAACACCGAGAAAGAUGUGCUUCUUCUCAUCAAAGGCGCUCCGGACAUACUCAUGAGCCGAUGCACAGGCUUUGUGGGCCAAUUCGGCGAAGUCCACACUAUUGACAACGACUUUAGGAAGCAUCUUGAGAAGUUCAAGGACGGUUGGUCUUCUGAAGGCAAGCGUGUGCUCCUCCUUGCACGCAAAAUCGUCCACGGUAGUGAUCUAUCUGCCAAUCCGGCUGAUGGCGACUUCGAAGAUGAGGCCCUCAAGCAUGCCAGUAGUGACCUGACGUUGAUUGGCCUUGCCGGCAUCGUUGAUCCCCCACGGGAUGAGAUCCCCGAAGUUGUUGCGACGCUCCGUCGCGCAGGCAUCAAAAUUCACAUGGUCACUGGAGACUUCCGGCUCACAGCUCAAGCCAUCGCCCGCACCUGUGGCAUCUUAGCCCACAACGAAAAGGUCGACACGGUUGGAGAACUCCCCCGCGCACCCACUCCUACCAUUCCCGGUCUCGAGAACGUUCCACUUUCGAAGGAAUUGGGCAAGUCUCUCAUCGUCUCCGGCUCCGAGAUCAUGGGGCUGUCCGAACAUCAAUGGGACCUCAUUACCGCCUACCCAGCCGUCGUCUUCGCACGCACUACGCCCGACCAAAAGCUGCUGAUCACGCGCUCCUUUCGCCGCCGCGGCUACGUCGUCGGCAUGACAGGCGACGGCGUUAACGACGCUCCCUCGCUACGCGAAGCCGACAUCGGUAUCUGCCCCGUGACGGCAUCGGACAUCGCCAUUGCCGCCUCCGACAUGGUGCUCAUGGACUCAUUUGCCAGCAUCAUUAUCGCGGUCGAGCGAGGCCGCACCGUAUUCGACAACCUCAAGAAAACCAUCGCCUACCUCUUGCCGGCCGGCAGCUUCUCCGAGUUCUGGCCCGUCAUGACAUCCGUCAUCUUCGGCCUGCCUCAGAUCCUGUCGAGCUUUCUCAUGAUCGUCAUCUGCUGCUUCACCGACUGCGCGGCCGCGACGGCGCUGGCCUACGAGGAGCCCGAGGCAGACGUCAUGCUGCGCAAGCCGCGCGACGUCAAGAAAGACAAGCUCGUCGACUGGCGCCUGCUGCUGCAGUCGUACGGCUUCAUCGGGAUCAUCGAGACGACCACCUCCUUCGCCAUGAGUUUCUGGUACCUGCAACGCCAGGGCAUUCCUUUCUCCUCCCUGUGGUUCUCGUUCGGUGACUACGUCACGCCCGCAGGCCACGACGCCGCCUAUAUCACCCACCACCUCUCCGUGGCAUCGGCCAUCUACUUUGUCAACCUCGUCGUCAUGCAGUGGUUCAACCUGAUGGGUCUGCGCACGCGCCGCACCAGCCUCUUCACGCAGCCGCCACUCCGCUUCCGCAAGGGAAAUUGGUACCUGUUUCCCGCCAUAGUGGUCGCGCUCGUCAUGGUCUUCAUCUUCUGCUACAUUCCGGGAUUGCAGGAGGUGGCGGUCAGUAAUCCAAUUCCGGGGGAGUACUGGGGGUUGGGUUUUGCGUGGGGGGUGUCGCUGUUGUCGAUUGAGGAGGUGAGGAAGAUGUUGGUGAGGCGCUCAAAGGGUGGUGGGUUUUGGGAGAAGAUUGCGUGGUAG